AUGUCGACUAUAGCCUCGUCACGCGCCAGCUCCUCUAUACGCAGUCCUUCAUCCACACGCAAUUCGUUCGAUAGCUCCGCGAGACCUCCGCCAAAUGCACGCCGCAAUCGCGCAGCCUUACGAGACUACUACGGAAUCAAGAACGCCCAGAAAGAAACGGAUGCCAAAAUAUCAGAAGAGUCGCCAAGGACAGGACUAGGGUCGGAGGAAGACGAAACCCUGACAGAGCUCGACGCUGCCGACUUCAAGGCUGAGGCCUUUGUGGAAAGCUUGCUUGCAAAGGAGGGUUUGAAAGGCGUAUUGAAGGCAGAAGCUGACCUUGUAUCACAAAUACGGAAUCUCGACAGCGACAGGAAGUCACUCGUCUACAACAAUUACUCGAAACUGCUGUCUGCGACCAGUACGAUUCGACGGAUGCGCGGAAACAUGGACCCUCUGGCUCCCACCACCCACACACUCGGUCCUGCCAUAGCACACAUCGCUGAAACCGCUGCCUCGCUCUCCUCUUCUAUGCAGAGCCUCCAGAACAAACCAGAGGGUCUGGGCAUUGAUAUACACGUACAGGGAGAGCCAAAAGAAGAAGAAGAGGCUGCUAGAAAACGGAAGCAGCAAGAGACCGUCAGAUGGGUGCUGGGUACACCCAAACGUUUGCGUGAUCUUGUUGAUCAAGAGCAAGAAGAGGAAGCCGCGAAAGAAUGGGAGGGAGCCAGCAAGAUCCUCGACAAAUGGAAGAAUGUUGCUGGCGUUGAAGAGCUCAGGGCAGCUUGUGAAAGCAUUAUAAAUGAGGAUGCGGAAUCCGACUGA